CUCCCGGCCCAUGGCCCUGCAGCCGGGCCGCCGGGAGGAGGUGUCGGUGUCGGUGUCGGAGCCGGGCCCGGAGCCGGGCCCUCUCCCGCUCCCGGAGCUGCUGCUGCCGUUCGGCUGGGGUGCAAAUGGCUACGGACAGCUUGGACUUGGCCAUAAAGAGGAUGUGCUCUUACCUCAGCAGCUGAAGGAUUUCUGCCCGUCUCGGCGCCUCGGAAGUCUUACAGGAGGAGGAGGGCACUCUGCCGUGGUGACUGCUUGCGGAGACCUCUUUGUGUGUGGUCUGAAUAAAGAUGGGCAGCUGGGCCUCGGUCACCUUGAAGAGGUGCUCACCUUUACGCCCUGCCCUGCCCUUUUCGGCCGGGGCGUCUCCCAAGUCGCCUGUGGCUGGGAUUUUACCAUCAUCCUCGCCGGAAAUGGGCAAGUUCUGUGUUGCGGAUCAAACUCUUUUGGUCAAUUAGGAGUAUCUCAAGGAACAGCAAGAUGUAUCGUCCCACAGGUCAUCGAGACCUUGAAGGAGAAGGUGGUGCAUGUUGCAGCUGGACUGAGGCACGCGUUGGCCGCUACAGACAGGGGCCUGGUUUUCCAGUGGGGUACCGGCAUGGCAUCCCAGGCAAAGCGAGCUUCUCCUGGGGCAUCUGUCCCUCCAUUUUUGACAUCCAAAGAGCCUUGCAGAGUGACAGGCCUAGACAAUGUAAAAGUAAUCAGAGUUAUUGCUGGCUCAUAUCAUUCCGUGGCCCUAACAGAUAAAGGAAAUUUAUACGUAUGGGGUAGCAACAAACACGGACAGUUAGUGAACAAAGACGCCUUCCUUCCUUCACCCCAGAAAAUAGAAGAGCAUCAUUUCUCGAGUGAAAAGAUCGUCACGGUGUGGAGUGGAUGGACGCAUAUGGUAGCACAAACAGAAACUGGCAAGGUUUUUACCUGGGGAAGAGCAGAUUAUGGACAACUUGGGAGGAACUGGAAGGUUCAAGAGGAAUGGAAAAAAAAGGAGCCGGAUGAAUCCCCACCUUACAAGGACUUCUCCAAGAUGGUGCCCGUUCCCGUUCCUGACUUAACCGGAGCAUCGGAGAUUGCAUGUGGAUCUGAGCAUAACCUGGCAGUGACUGGUGGCCAGUGUUUCUCGUGGGGCUGGAACGAACACGGCAUGUGCGGAGAUGGAAGCGAGGAGAGCGUCUGGGCCCCUCGGCCCGUGGGGGCUCUGGGGCCCGCAGAGCCGAUCCGUGUGGGAUGUGGGGCGGGACACUCUCUGGCUCUCUGCCGGCUUCCAGGUGGUACCACCAAGUUGGAGCGUGAGCCUCACUAGAUCCCUCCCGGAAUUCCCAAGCCCGGGCCUCUUGACCUAAUACCAAUCCCCAACUUCGCCCCAGGCCAUGGAUCUGAGGCGAAAUACGCUGCUUAAUAAAGACGGUUGG